CGGUCUCGUCGGCCCUGCGGCGCUGGAGACCUGACGCACAGAGCUCGAGAGCGAGAACGAGAGAGAAAGGGGCAGAAAUGGCGGCUCCGCUCGGCUCCCGCUGAGGAGGGUGAAGCCGGCGGAGGGUCUGUGCUGCCGACUUGCAGCCUCGUUCUCGCCUCUUGCUGCCUGACUUCUCACGCCGCUUUCCCUUCCUCUGCCCUGCUCUCGCCUGUCCUCGUCUGCGCUCCGGAGAGUUCGAGCCGGCUCGUCUCUCCCGGCCCGGCUCCGCUGGCCCUGACUGCCCUGCCGGCGGGCCGGCCUUCCUCUGCCUUCCCGGGCGCGGCGUGUGCCUCGUCCUCCUGGCUGGACCAUGGUGAACACCCGGAAGAGCUCUCUGCGCCUUCUCGGGUCCAAGUCUCCCGGGCCCGGGCCCGGGCCUGGGGCCGGAGCAGAGCCUGGGGCGACCGGAGGCAGCAGCCAUUUCAUCUCCUCUCGGACCCGCUCCUCCAAGACCCGCGCUGCCAGCUGCCCCGCCGCCAAGGCCGGGGGAAGCAGUGGCGCCGGCGUCGCUCUGGAUGAGGCCCGGAAAGCUGAAGUUGAUGGGAGUUUAAGUGAUAGCCACGUAUCUCCUCCAGCCAAACGCACUUUGAAACAACCAGAUUCUGUUUGCAAAGACAAAUCGAAAUCGAGAAGUACUGGUCAGCGAGAAGAAUGGAACAUAACAACUGGACAGACCAGGUUAACUUCUCAGCCUGGUGCUACGUUACCAAACGGACAUAGUAGCUUAUCCCUUCGAAGCCAUCCCCUUCGAGGGGAAAAGAAGGGAGAUGGGGAUCUUUCUUGUAUAAAUGGUGACAUGGAAGUCAGAAAAAGUUGUCGUUCCAGGAAAAACAGAUUUGAAAGUGUGAACCAGAGUUUGCUGUUUGAUCAACUAGUAAAUAGUACUGCUGAAGCUGUACUACAAGAAAUGGACAAUAUUAACAUCCGACGGAAUCGACGAUCAGGAGAAGUGGAACGACUUCGAAUGUGGACAGAUACAGAAUUUGAAAACAUGGAUAUGUAUUCAAGAGUGAAAAGGCGAAGAAAAUCACUAAGAAGAAAUAGUUAUGGGAUUCAGAAUCAUCAUGAAGUUUCUACUGAGGGUGAAGAAGAAGCUAGAACCUCUAUAUUGCUUCCUUUGGAGAAAAACAGUAUAGAAUCUCAAGAGGAGGAUGGAGAUAUAGAAGUUGAAGAGGCAGAAGGAGAAGAAAAUGAUAGACCAUAUAAUUUAAGACAAAGAAAAACAGUGGAUCGAUACCAGGCACCUCCAAUAGUGCCAGCUCAUCAGAAGAAGAGGGAAAACACACUGUUUGAUAUUCACAGAUCUCCAGCAAGAAGAAGCCAUAUCAGGAGAAAGAAGCAUGCCAUCCAUAGUAGUGACACAACUUCUUCUGAUGAAGAGCGCUUUGAAAGAAGGAAAUCAAAGAGCAUGGCGAGAGCAAGAAAUAGGUGUUUGCCUAUGAACUUCAGAGCAGAAGACUUAGCUAGUGGUAUUCUCCGAGAACGAGUGAAAGUGGGUGCAAGCUUGGCUGAUGUUGACCCAAUGAACAUUGAUAAAUCAGUACGAUUUGAUAGCAUAGGUGGAUUGAGUCAGCAUAUUCAUGCACUAAAGGAGAUGGUAGUAUUCCCACUUUUAUAUCCAGAAAUUUUUGAAAAAUUUAAAAUUCAGCCUCCCAGGGGCUGUCUGUUUUAUGGCCCUCCUGGCACAGGUAAAACCUUGGUUGCCAGAGCAUUAGCUAAUGAAUGCAGUCAAGGAGACAAAAAAGUGGCUUUUUUUAUGCGAAAAGGAGCGGAUUGUUUGAGCAAGUGGGUUGGUGAGUCUGAAAGGCAACUUAGGCUUCUUUUUGAUCAGGCAUACUUGAUGAGACCUUCUAUAAUAUUUUUUGAUGAAAUAGAUGGAUUAGCUCCAGUUCGCUCUAGUAGACAAGAUCAGAUUCACAGCUCAAUAGUGUCAACCCUCCUUGCUCUAAUGGAUGGAUUAGAUAAUAGGGGCGAAAUCGUUGUUAUUGGUGCUACAAACAGACUUGAUUCUAUAGAUCCUGCACUCAGGAGACCUGGUCGUUUUGAUAGAGAAUUCCUUUUCAACUUGCCUGAUCAAAAAGCAAGAAAACACAUCUUACAGAUCCAUACCAGGGAUUGGAAUCCAAAAUUGUCAGAUGCUUUUUUAGGUGAACUAGCCGAAAAAUGUGUUGGCUACUGUGGAGCUGAUAUCAAGGCCCUGUGCACUGAAGCUGCCCUCAUUGCUCUUCGGAGGCGAUAUCCGCAGAUAUAUGCUAGCAGUCAUAAACUGCAGUUGGAUGUUUCCUCAAUAGUGCUUAGUGCCCAAGAUUUUUAUCAUGCAAUGCAGAAUAUAGUGCCUGCUUCCCAACGUGCUGUGAUGUCUUCAGGACAUGCACUAUCACCUAUUAUAAGGCCACUGCUGGAAAGGAGCUUCAACAACAUUCUAACAGUCUUGCAAAAAGUGUUUCCUCAUGCUGAAAUUAGCCAGAGUGACAGGAAAGAAGAUAUAGAAAAUCUAAUUUUAGAUGAUAGUGAAGAUGAGAAUGCUUUAUCAAUUUUUGAGACGAGUUGUCACUCAGGAUCACCAAAGAAACAAUCAUCAACUGCUGCUAUACAUAAACCCUUCCUUCAUUUUACAAUGUCACCAUACCAUCAGCCAACCUCUUACAGGCCACGAUUAUUGCUAUCUGGAGAAAGAGGCUCAGGUCAAACUUCUCACCUUGCUCCAGCACUUUUGCAUACUCUAGAAAGAUUCUCUGUGCAUAGACUAGAUCUCCCAGCACUUUAUUCAGUCAGUGCCAAAACACCCGAAGAAUCAUGUGCACAGAUAUUUCGAGAAGCUCGAAGAACAGUACCAAGUAUUGUUUACAUGCCUCACAUUGGCGAUUGGUGGGAAGCUGUCAGUGAAACUGUGAGAGCAACUUUUCUGACAUUGCUACAAGAUAUACCAUCAUUUUCACCCAUAUUUUUAUUGUCUACCUCUGAAACCAUGUACAGUGAAUUGCCUGAAGAGGUUAAGUGUAUCUUUAGAAUACAGUAUGAAGAGGUCUUGUAUAUUCAAAGGCCUGUUGAAGAAGACAGAAGGAAAUUUUUCCAGGAACUGAUUCUCAAUCAGGCAUCAAUGCCACCACCACGAAGGAAACACACUGCUCUUUGUGCUAUGGAAGUGCUUCCUCUUGCACUACCUUCUCCACCUCGUCAGUUGUCAGAAUCAGAAAAAAAUCGGAUGGAGGACCAGGAGGAAAAUACUUUAAGAGAAUUGCGGUUGUUUCUCAGGGAUGUAACCAAGAGGCUGGCCACAGAUAAACGCUUUAACAUCUUCAGCAAACCGGUGGAUAUUGAAGAGGUUUCAGAUUAUCUUGAAGUAAUCAAAGAACCAAUGGAUUUAUCAACAGUAAUAACUAAAAUUGAUAAACAUAAUUAUCUUACUGCUAAAGAUUUCCUGCAAGAUAUUGACCUCAUCUGUAGCAAUGCUUUAGAGUACAAUCCAGAUAAGGACCCAGGAGAUAAAAUAAUUAGACACAGAGCUUGUACCCUGAAGGACACUGCACAUGCCAUCAUUGCAGCUGAAUUAGAUCCGGAAUUUAAUAAACUCUGUGAAGAAAUUAAAGAAGCAAGAAUAAAAAGAGGCUUAUCGGUAACAGCAGAACAAAUAAAUCCUCAUGGCACUGGAGCUCGGAAGACAGAAACUAGAGUUGAAGAGGCAUUUCGGCACAAACAAAGAAAUCCAAUGGAUGUCUGGCACAACUCUGCAAAUAAAUGUGCAUUUCGGGUACGGAGAAAAUCAAGGCGACGUUCACAGUGGGGCAAAGGAAUUAUUAAGAAAAGAAAAGUUAAUAAUUUAAAAAAAGACGAAGAGGAUACCAAAUUUGCAGACUAUGAGAACCAUACAGAGGACAGAAAAUUGCUAGAGAAUGGAGAGUUUGAGGUAAGCACUGAUUGCCAUGAGGAAAAUGGAGAAGAGACUGGGGACUUAUCUAUGACCAAUGAUGAAUCCUCGUGUGACAUCAUGGACAUGGACCAGGGGCAGAGGCUAAACAACGGAGCAGGCACUAAAGAGAACUUUGCAUCCACAGAAGAAGAAAGUUCAAAUGAAUCUCUGCUCAUCCACAGCAGCAGUACUCUUAAUCCAGAACAGACAUCUAGGAAGGAGCCUUUUCUUAAGGGCAGCUGUCUGAAUGGUGAGGCCUCCACUGACAGUUUUGAAGGAAUACCUGUUCUGGAAUGUCAGAAUGGUAAAGUUGAUGUCAUUCCUCUCUGUAGUAGUGGAGAUAAAUGUAGUUCAGAACAAAAGAUUGUCCUGGAAAACCAGUUAAAAGAAAAACCAGAAAUUUCAAAUGAAAAUCAUGGAGAUGAUCCUGAGAAACUAGAGGCACCAGAAUGUAGCAAUACUGAGAAAUUAGAACCUGGCCCUGAUGUGGAGGUUAAAGAUGCAGAAUUGGAUAAAGAAGGUGCUUCUAAAGUAAAGAAAUAUCGUAAAUUAAUUUUAGAGCAGGCAAAAACAACAAGCCUGGAACUGGUUCCAGAAGAGCCGACUGAGCCUGUGCCACCUCUUAUAGUUGAUCGUGAGAGAUUGAAGAAAUUGCUUGAUUUGUUGGUAGAUAAAAGCAACAAUUUGACAGUUGAUCAGCUUGAGAGAUUAUAUUCUCUUCUUAGUCAGUGCAUCUAUCGUCAUCGUAAAGAUUAUGACAAAUCACAACUUGUAGAGGAGAUGGAAAGAACAGUUCAUAUGUUUGAGACAUUCCUAUGAACUUUUCAAGAUGAGUGGUUGAUCCUCUCCAAUCUGCUCCUGACAGAGCAGUCUUCUGAGCCAUUCACUUUCAAAUUGCACCAAUUAUGUGCAGAGCCUUGGUGUAAAGUGCUCUCUCACUCAUUCUCUCUCUCUGUUGAAUUUGGUGCUAUUGUCUCAGGUACCUGAAACCAACCAGCCUACAAGAACCAAACAGAACUUCAGAAACUUGUUGUAUUUUCCACAAAUAAAAAAAUACAACCCCACAGCUUGGAGAUUUUGGUGCUACAGAAACUGCUUUUGCUUCUGCUCCUCCUUUUCGUGCACUGUCUUCUGGAGAUUCUCUUAGGGAGCAGACCAGCAGCAGGAGGAAGCUGGGUGGGCAGUUCUAACUGUGUUGGAUUGUUUAAACAGUGGGCAACCUGUUUUUUGGGUUUCACUUUUUUUUUUUCCCCCUUCUUUUUCCUUUUUAUCUCUUAUCAUAUUUCCCCCUCUCUGGGUAAUGGACUGAAGCCUGUUUUAAAGUUGGCUAUGAUAUAUUCUGGUGGGAAACUGAAGAAACCAGAUGGAAUUAGAUUAGGCUCUUUAGAACUGCCUUUAAUGUGCCUUUUUAUUCAUUUGAGAAAGAUAAGGCUAAAUGGAUGAGCUCGUUUGUAGCAAAUAAAUUAAAAUAUUUUCUUUGGUUACAACCUUGACAAUAAGUUUCAAUACUCUGCAUCAUUAAGAGACAACUAAUGUUUUGGUAUUAAUGCCUGUCUUGUUCUCAAAGCUCAAUCAAGACACUGAGUAAACCACAUAAUAUACUAAAAAUGGUAAGUUUUCCUGUAUGGUCUGUUUCUGUGUAAGAAACAUGUGAUAAAACAAUGAUAAAUAAUGCACAGUCCAUAACAAAAACUCACACACUUCUCCUUAUUGCUGACAGUGAUGACCAGAGAAUGGAUAGUAGCCAUUCUUCUGUCAGAGGCAAUUUAAUAGUUCUUCGAGUUCCCAGAGAAAAAUGAUUUUCAUGUGUAAUAAAUUGUUAUUGUUUUGUUUUAAAGCCAGGACUUGCCAAAUGAACAGAAAAGAGGAAUUUGUCAGAGGCUCCAUAAAAUUCAUUUUCUGUAUAAUUACAAGUGAGCUCUGGUAUGGUCCUUGAAUAACAGUAUUAAUGUUUGAAUCCCUUCUCAUAAGCUUACCUUCAUAACUCUUCAUUUUGGUUGGAAUCUAUUUUGGAUCUUGUUGAGUGAUUUCUGUGAAUUUUACUUACCUAAAAUUAAUUAUGGGUUACUAGUUUUACAAAAACUUUCUAUAAAUUUGGAGACACAGUCUAGGCAGUUGCAAAGAGGCAAAGGGAGUGCAGUAACAUUUUUUUAUCAGAUAAUUUUUUAAAAAAGUGUAGAAAAUUUUGCCGACAAGUUGGCUUGCUAUCUUCAUUUAUUAUAGCUGUUAGCUGCAGGUGUGUCUUUCCAAUAUAUGCAACACAUGUAGUUUGAGUUUUAAUUAGGGCACAUGGUCGUGGACUACUGCAGAGAUACUGAGCUACCUCAGCUUUUUGUGUUUUAGUUACCAACAGUGUUUACAGAGUCCUGUAAUCACUUUGCCACCGUUUACAUGCUGAAGCUAAGGUACUUGUCUCCUUGUCUCUGGCUGUCUGUAGUGUGCAGAAAACACUCUUUGGCCUAGGCUACUGCAGUAAUCCCAAGUGCUUCUUUGCAUUUACCUUUACAUUUACUGCCUUCUAGUUCUAGCUUCAUUUUUUUUCUAAAAUGCUACUUCUUUUCUUUAUGCCUAGUCUAUGAAGUUUUCAUAAUAUUCAGUUAAUCAUAUAAUUCAAGAUGAUAUCCAUGUAGACACACUGUAUUUUUAAGGUGGGCAAGUGCGAUUAACGAUGAACCAUUUUAAAGGGGAGGUUAUUUGAAACCUCUAAUUUGAUUAUUGGGAGGAUUUUCAUGCUUUCUUUAGUAUUUAUUACCAUCAUACCAGUUCAAACUAUUUUACUGUCUAAUACAUUAGCAUUUUGUAUUUUGAUGGAAAUUGUUACAGAAUUUAAAGAUUUGAUGAAAUAAGAUGUAGCAGAUUUUUUGUAGCAAGUUUCUGGUAAAAGGGUUUUUUGCAAGUCUCAGGUUCUUGCUGCACUAUUUUUUUUUUUUUUUUUUUACUAUUUAUUCCAGUUACUCUAAUUCAGAAGCAUUCUGUUCAAGUAACAGCAGCACUUGUGAAAGGAAAAAGAAACAACGCACAUGUUCUUAGUAGAUUACUAAAUUUAUACAAGUUAAUUAAGAUUUUAGCCAUCAGUGAGUUUGACAAGGGAAAUUUAUUUAUGUUUGGCAUUAAAAUGCUUCCAAAAGAUCAAGAUUUUGUUUUUGUUUAUCCUUCAUGUAGAUGGAGAAAUCAGAGGCAACCUCAGUAUAGGAACUGCCACUUUGAACAGUUUAGGUCUUAAAGAGAAAGCCAAUUUCAUGCCAGGGGGAGAAAAAUGAGCUGAAAUUGUACCAACUCUUCGGACUCCUUUUCCCCCUAAGAAAGAAACACACUACACCAGUUUCACAUAUUUUACAAAUACCUGGUGGUUCUAUAGUUUAAAGCAGCUUGUGAAAUUAUCCAAGUGGACUCAAUUUUGUUUACCUUUCUGUGAGUUCUUAAUUUUUGCUGUAUAGCAUUGGCAAAAAUAUGUACAAAUUGACCUCUGUUCUUAUUUCCUAUUGUGAGCAUUAUAAAUGAUAAGCUCCAGUGUAAAAUCUUGCUCUCAGAUCAGUAAAAUACGUAUCACAGCCCAGCCCAGCAGUAGUUCAUGCUCAGCUGUAGGGACUCUGGGAGCAUUUUGAAGAUGAUAGAACCACAUUAGGGUUGAAACUGAUGGCUGUGAAGUUAAUUGUGUUUUUGAGCUUGAAUCUUACCUGUGAUUGAGUUUUUUUUAAUGUCCUUUUAUGACUUGAUUUUUCUCAUAUGCCAAUGUAUUUGUAGGUUUACUGGAUUUUACUUUUAGGGAGUGGGGUGGUCAUUUCUUCCCUUUUCUGAUUAAGUUGAUUCAGCUAUGGUGCUAUUCAGUAGGUGUCUUCAGUGUCAGGUCCCGUAGCUGAAUGCCAUUGUUAUUAUAAUUAUUAUUUGUAAUCAUAUUGUAAGCUUGAAUUUGGGCUUGUACUUGCAUCUUUUGUAUUUUGUACAUUUGGUUACUUAGAUUUGGGAGUCCUAUUUGGUUUCAGUCAUGUAUGUCUACUUUGUAGAUUAAGUAGACUUCAUCAACUAUGGUCUAUUUUGGGUUUGUAGUUUAAUUUAGAAUUGUGUUAAAUUGAUGUUUUACAUUUGACUUCAUUUUACCUUAGUUUGAAGUAAAUUAUUUAAUUUUUGAAUUCUGGAAUUUGAACAUUUACUGUAAUUUGUAAUAUAACUGCUGUGAAAUACUUGAAUAAAGAUGAUAAGAAAAACACA